GCCUUCUCCGAUUGAGUGACACAAAAGUUCAAAAGCAGACACAAUUAAUCUAUGGUGUUACAAAUCAGAGUAGUGUUACCCUUGAUGGAGCUUACUGAAAGGAACACAAGAAGGGCUUUGAGGGCUUGUAAUGUCCUGUAUCUUGAUGUGGGUGCUGGUUACACAGUUGUGUUUACAUUGGGAAAAUUCAUCGAGCUAUAAAUCUAGGAUUUGUAUAUUUUUCUGUGUGUAUGCUAUACUUUAAUAAUAAUUUUUAAAAAGUGUAUAUGCAUAGUCAUUAAGCUCAUACCUUUGUUUUAGCAAGUCCUGUCUAUGCUUGUAAGUACACACAUACAUAAACAUACACGUUUGUAUAUAUUGGGGAUGAAAUAGUACGAACAUAUUCACUGCUGUGUUUAUAACAGCAAAAUUUUGGACAAAACCUAUUUACCCAUCAGUGGGGAGCUGGUAGAAUAACUAAUGGUUAUAGUCAUACAGUGGAUUAGUAGUAGCUCUCAGAAGUUCUAUGUGUAUUCCUUUAGAAAUAUCUCUAAGAUACAUUAAAUGAAGAGACCAAGGUGCAUGAACACUAUAUGUAGUUUGCUGUCCUUUCCAUGUGUGUAUUUUUUAAGGCAUGUACAUACAGACUUAUAUAGAAUAUCUCUAGAAGGAUAGAAAAUAUACAUAUAUAUGUAUAUGGACAGAGAAAUGUGUGUGUGUGUGUAUACAUUUUUUUUUCCCUCUGAGAGUGAGCGAGUGACAUAAUGGGAAACACUCUCCCAUUAUUAUUUUGUGACUUUUAAAUUAAAAAAAAUUUAAAUUGCCGCAAAAUACACAAAGCAUAAAUUUUGCCAUCUUAACCAUUUUAAGUAUGCAGUUCAGGAUUUACUGUUAAGUAUAUAUACAUUGUUGUGCACCCAACCUCCAGAGCCUUUCGUACCCAUUAAAUGACUCUAAAAUUUCCUAUUUCCUCUUCACCUUGAUCCCUAGCUGUUACCAUUCUACUUUUGUUUUUUCUAUGACUUUGACUACUCUGGAUGCCUCAUAAAAGUAGAGUCAUAAAGUAUUUGUCUUUCUGCAGUUGGCUUAUUUCACUUAGCAUAACAUCCUCAAAAUUCAUUUAAACUAUUUUGUGACCUUUGAGUUCUGUACCUUGUUCAUUUAUUACUUAGUUUUAAGAGAUCAUUAAAAUAUAAAGUUAGAACCAUAUUGUUCAGAAUGGCUAGUCAGACGGUAAAAAGUUGAUCCUGUGUAUUACUCACCUAACCAACAUUUAACACCAGUUGUGGCAGCAAAAGCACUUGGUGCCAAAGUGGUAUUUGAAGCUUUAUCUCACCUCUUGUUUCUCCUGUUUUCGUCUGUAGGUGCCAGUCAAACUCAGGCUCAUGAAGUUCUCAGUCUCUUGACCAUCAGCCUGCUCAGUAGUUUUUCCCCUGGGCUUACUGUCCAACUUUGGUCUUCUCAAAAUCUACCUCUUCACCUCAGGCACAGUCUGGUUCUGUGCCAAGGGAAUUGCUUUCUCUUGGCAGCUUUCUCCCCUAUUUCUGACUUAUCUUAAAGGGGGUUUUCGUUCUGCUAGGUGUUCAGUACUGUUUGAGAUCAUUAGUCUAGAGCCUUCUGUAGUAAUAUUGUUUCAUUGGAACCUUUGACUGGGGGAAUUGAUGUGGAGAUAGAGGAACAAGUUGAAAUGACUUUGAAGUUUAUGGGAGGACUUGUCCCAUUAAAUAGAACAGAGGGAGACAGGCAGGUCCUAGGUGGAAGAUAUAUGAUUUGGGGAAAUAUUGGCUUGAGAUGCUGGCCUAUAAAACAGCAGGAGCUGUGAUGUAGAAAUGGGAAUUUAGAAAAUAAACUUCUCAUUGUAAAUGUAGUGUUUGUGUAUGUAUAUGUAUAAUGAAAAUACAGAAAAUAUAUAGAAUAAAAAGUAUUCAUAAAACAAUUAUUCUUAACAUUGAAUUAACUUUUUGUGUGUGUGUGUGUGGUUACAUACAUAUAAAUGUACAUAUAAAAACUCAAAUUUCAAGAUGUAGUUGAGCUUUUGCAUUUUGUAUUCUGCUUUCUGGUGUGUGUGUUCUAUUCAUGAAUGAAGAAGUCCAAGGCCAGUUACAUAUGGUGCUUCUCUUGUGUUAAGAGUCAGCAGCAAAAGAGGUCACAAAUGAAACUGUGGGGCUUGUUGAAAUUACACAUGGUACUAUCCUGCACAGAUGGAGAAGGAAAUGUGGCAAGCACAGGACUUUGGAAACUUGCCUGUAUUUGAGGAUUCAAGAAUAAAUCAUAAUCAGAGAAGUAAAAUUAAAAGAGUGUAGUGUCAAAUUGAGAGUGGAGCAAAUUCCAACAAAAAAUAGAUUUUUUUUUUUUUUUUUUUUUUCAAAAAGAGGGCUGGAUGAAGACUAAGACAAAGGCUUUAGGAAAUAGUAAAAUCGAUAGUUGAUAUACCAUAUUUUUACCAUAUUUAUUCUGCCCAGCAUUGUUUGGAAUAACAAGGACUGAAUUUACCUUGCUGCCUUAAGCAAUUAGAAGACUAGACAAUAUAUGAAAUAACAGACAAACACAGGAAUGUGAUCACUGAAAGAAGGGAAGCAAAUCUAAGGAGCCUCUAUGGUCGCCCCACUUUAUUAUCUGGAGGUAGUUUUCGGGCUGCAUAGCAGGAGUGGGGAACCCAAGUAGAGCCCAGUGAUCUCACUGAGUUGAGAAGACAGAGAAGUUUGAAGGGGCCCAGGCAGCUAUAAUUUGUGGGGCUUACAGGAGGAAGUGGCAUAGAAAACACCAGAGAUAUGCAGAGGUGUCCCCUUGAGUCUGGCUGAGUACUGAUCUGCACAUGCAUGAGAGGAAAUCACCUGAGGCCAGAGAAAGAACCGUGCUGGAAAAAUGGUGAGCUGGAACUCAUCCAGGUUGGGAAUGUCUGUGUUCUCACUUGCCAGAGUAUGCACAGGGCAUUAAAAAGGUACUGCCCUGGUAAUAGGUCUCAAUUAACCUUAAAUUAAAGGCUGUUCUGGACCCACUCCAACAGAGCACAAAAGCAAGCUUUGGAGGAUCCAACUGAUUUCAAGAAACUUAACUGUACACCAGAACAAAGUCAAGCACUAUUUAAAGGAGUAUAGCAAAAUCCAGCACCCAAAGCAUAAAAUUCACAAUCAAAUCAAAAGUUACCAGACAUGCAAAGAACCAGAAACUGUGGGCUUCUCUCGUUGCGAUGCGUGGGUUUAGUUGUCCCAUGACAUAUGGGGUCUUGGUUCCCCAACCAGGGAUCGAUUCACGUCCCCUGCAUUGGAAGGCAGGUUCUUAACCACUGGACCACCAGGGAAGUCCCUGUGUUUUUGUUUUGUUUUGUUUUGUUUUUUUAAGAACAAAAUUGAGACUGUGCUCUUUGUUUUCAUUUAAUUUUGAAUUGUAAGCAUUUUGACUUGUAAUAAAAUAUUUGAAAGCAGCUUUUGAUGUGUGUGUAGAAUUCCACUAAAUGGCCAAAAUGUAAUUUGUUUUGUCCUGGACUGUUUCCCAUGUAGGUUUUUUCAAUUUGCUGUUUUAAAUGCUGUGAUGAGCACCCUUGUACACUUUUAUGUAAACCUUUACCUCAUUGGUUAUUUUUCUAUAACCAACCAUUUUCAGGCUAUGUUCCUGGAGGUAGAAUUGUGAAAUUUAUUUCUAGACAAUUAUAGCAAUUUAUGUUCCCUCUAUAGCAUAUAGGAAUGUUGAAUUAAUGUCAUCCUUGUCCACCUGUAAUAGUAGUUAAACAUUGCCUAAAUGUUUAACAUUAAACAUUAAAACAGUUUUUUAAAUUGUAGGUAACUUGACUUCCACUCUGAAGGCUUAUAAGGAUACUGUUUCCUUGAAGUUCGAAAAUUCUACCAGAAUGUCUUUGUAUUAAAUUUGGCCAGAAGACAAAAUUGUACAUUUAUUUUUCCUUCUCCUUCCUCCUCUUCUUCCUUCUUUUCUUCCUUUCUCCAUCCUUCAGCAGUAUAUUGUUUCCAUUUCUUUGGUUAUUGCUUCAGCCUCAUUUGUUCUAGAAGAUGAACUUUUCCAUGUCUAUCUUGUUCACUGUUGUUUCCUCACUGCCUGAAUAUAUUAUACCAUAUGCUCAAUAAAUUUGUAGAAUAAUGAACUCUUUUCCUUUCUACAGCUCUUAUUGGUAAAAGUUGAUCUGUAUAAUAUUUCUAACUUUUAAAUUUCAUUGUCCUUUUGAUUAGAGUUGUGGGAUAAUUUGUCCAUUUGUGUUAUCAUGUCACUAAUUUUCGUUUGGUAAUACUUCAUCUGCUGUUCACUGCUUCUAUUGCUAUUUCGAAUUUGGCAAAUCAUGUUUUUCAUCUCAGAAAAUCUUUUCAUUUCUGUGAAGUUGUUCCUCAUCUUAGAUUAUUCUCACUUCAUGAUUAUUUACAUAUGUGGAAUUCUCUCAAAUUCUUUUAAAACAUUAAAUUUUCACCUCAAUUUAUACCAGCUUUUUUAGACUCUUAGCUUUUUAUAUCUUUUUAUUACCUCUAGGGAAUUUAAACCAGUAGGAAAUAAAAGAAAAUGGAGUAUCCAUUUGUUGAUUAGUUUUGUCAUUUGUUUCUUUACCUCAGCCACUUCAACACACAAUUUAAAUGUGGUAUCACAAGAUACUUAGUAGUAGAAAUUUAGGCUGAAGGGUUAUUAGCAAAUAGUGCUAUGUGGGACUAUUCUAGAACUUCUUGAGCUAUUUUUUGAGACUUCCAAAGGUAGAGAGCUGAAUCAAAGAAACAGGUAAUCAAAGAAAGUUUGAACAUAAACUACCUAUUUUUAAGAAGACCACAAAUUCAGAAAAAUCCAGAACUUGAAAGAGUCGGAAUUAUUCCUUUCCUUAAUUACAUACACUUUGGAAUUUGACCUUGGGAACUCAGAAAUGAAUAAAUAAGAGUUCCUGUCCCCCAGGAGUCCAUCGCCUGUGUCUUAAAUUAGACAGAAUGGUGGUGGUGGUGAUGAACCGGAUGGUGAAGGAGCUCCAUAGUUCCUGGUCUCCGUUUUCUUCUGAGAGAAGCCAGGAGACAUGCAGAGUGAAAGAGGUUUCAGAUUGCAUUUUGGAGUAAUAGACUUGAACCUGGGAUGAGUGAAAAAAUUACAAAUUAAAAUUAAAAAAAUUUUUUUUCUUAGUAUGAGUCCUCACAUAAGUGUAGAAAAUGACAGUAAAAUUGACUCAAGGUAAUUUGAAGGAGAAUUUGAAGCACUUGUCAAGCAACAGGUGCUUGACAAACUCAGAUUUGUAUAUAUAACUACUUGAAUCCUCGUUACUUUGCAUAUUUAAUGUGAAAUUAAUUGCUGAAGCCUCAAGUUAGAAUGGAAGUUUAAAAUGUUUUUCCUCAUACCUGAAAACUAUUCCUGGUAGCAGUAUUUCUAAUGAUCUCAGGCAUCCUCUUUCCCAAUCCUGAAUAACUGUCUGGAAAGAAUGGCUUUGCUUUCACAUUACAGAAUGACCCACAGUAGACUUCCUGGUGUUUAGUUUUGAUUACUGGCAACAUACACCACUGUGAACACUACUGGUUUUGUGUUUUGUAUUUUAAUCGUGGUGGAAAGGUCUAAUAUUUUCAUCAAUAUUAGCUAGGCUAAUGAUCUACCAAUCUCUGAACCAGGUGUUUAAUUAGUUUUCAAGUUCAAAUUCACUUAAACUUCAGGGAGUCUGAGAUUAAAAUCAGAAUACUUCAAUAUUUCCAAAGACAAUUUUGUUCAGCUUAUUACGCUAAACAGGAUAGGUUUUGUUCUUUGGAGAAUCUUCCUUGUCCCCCCACCCCACCAUCAGAGACAUCAGUUUCAAUGGAUUUUGGAUUAAAUACGGAAAUGUGCUCUAGUCCAUGCUUUCAUUAUUUAUUGUGAAAACAAGCAAAAUGUCAGGCCUAAUAACUCCUGUGCUACCUGGGGUCUAUGAGCACUUUUCACAUAAAUACCCACAGCUGGUUAAAAUAUUUUCCUCUAUCCAUCAGAUUUCAAGAUAUUUAAAAAUUUAUGUUUGUUUUAGGUGUUCGCAAAAUCUCAAUAAAUAUAUGUUCAGAAUUUACAUGAAUUUACUCUGUUGACACUCAGGACACAAGUAUCUAUUCAGAGUUAGCCCAGAGAAUCCGAUAGGAACCUGAAACGUCUUGAAGUUGUCUGAAGAUUCUUCAAUCACUAUGUCAAGCGACACAGAUAUUUCUCUUUCUUCAUAUGAUGAAGAUCAGGGAUCUAAACUUAUCCGAAAAGCUAGAGAGCCUCCAUUUGUCCCCAUUGGAAUGGCAGGUUUUGCAGCAGUUGUUGCAUAUGGAUUAUAUAGAUUGAAGAGCAGGGGACAUACUAAAAUGUCUGUUCACCUGAUCCACAUGCGUGUGGCAGCCCAAGGCUUUGUUGUGGGAGCAAUGGCCCUUGGUAUGGGCUGUUCCCUGCAUCAAGAAUUCUGGGGGAACCUAAACCUUAGAAGAGGAGAUGCUGUCUUGGUCGUCUUGGUGGUGCUUGCUUUAGUUAGACAUCUCAUAUUGAGGUUAUAUGUUUAUGCUGAAAAUAAAUUGUUUGGGUCAGACAAGAACAUGGCAAUUUGAAAAUUGGCUUCCUUUCUUGCAGGCUUGAUUUGCCUGGUGACCAAGUUACUGGUGACUAGUUCACUAGUUAGGUCAUUCAGGGGAGUCAGACCAGCACAAAAGAAACAUGUCACUUUUAAAUACACUUGAUAGUGGUACCUGUCCACCUUCUUAAACUCUUCUGUUGAAAUUAGUUCUAAAGAAGACAGCAUGCCAAUCCUGAAAAUGCUCCCAGUUGCUGCAGAAUAUAUGCUUUUGAUGUAAUGUAGGAAUCCUAUUUACCCCAGUUAAUUUAACUUUCUGACGGCCUUGUGGACUGAGUACUGUUUUAAGGGCUGGUUGGCUCUUGAGGAACCCUUUCAGAACAGUGCAUGGAAUACAACAUUACAAACCUCCCUGGAAGUCUGUGUGUGUUUUUAAACCAAAACUAAAAAGCUGGUAACAGAGCCACUUUGAAGUAGUAUUUAUUUUAGAAUCAUAGUUAUAAACAUGAGAGUAACUUGUGGAUCCCUUUUAGCUCUUUUGUAAUUGCAGAAUUAUAUUUUGCUGCUGUUAUAUUAGAAUAAUUUUAAAUUAUUUUGAAACAUGUAUUUUAAGUGCUAAUGCAAAGGUAAAUGAAAAACACUUUUUAAAUGUGUGCAGUAUGUUUAUUUUCUCCAAAAGUAUCAUCAACUAAAUAAAAUCCCUAUAAUGGACGUCAUUGAUGAGCAAGCUGGUUUGGUCAGACAUUAUACAAACUUUGGUAUAUCACAGAAUGCUUUGUUGUACUUGUGAAAUUCUCGUCUAACCUGAAUUUACAUUCCAUGGUGAUAACAUGGUAAAUGUAGUGUUAUUAAAGUAAAUGAACACA